GGUGAUGGAUUAUCGAUUUCUCCAAACCAGAAUUGGAUCCUAGUCAUCCCAUUCACAGUUCCAAACGAUUUAGUCAAAAUAAAAGUUUAUAGACAUGACACUUUACAUUCAUUUGCUGAUUUGAUUUCGAUCAUUGAGUUUGGAACUUGGAGAGAUAAUUCAUUGAUUAAGUGUCAGUAUUUUGGUAAAUGUUCUGGUUGCCAAUAUCAGAUGAUUAGUUAUGAGAAACAACUUGAACUUAAACAGAUUGUUGUGGAAAAAGCUUUUAAACAUUUCUCUGGUUUAGAUCCUAGUUUGUUACCUAAGAUUGAACCUACUCUUCCUUCUCCUUUACAAUACGCUUAUCGUACUAAACUUACACCUCAUUUCGAGUUACCAAGAAAUAUUAAAGCACCUCAGAGAAAUGGGAUUGGGAUUGGAAAUGGAAAUGGGAAAAACGAACUAAGGAUCGGUUUUGCAGAAAAAGGAAGGAAAAGAGUCCUAGAUAUUGAAGAUUGUAUGAUUGCUACAUCUGUAAUUAAUGAAAAGUUAACACAAGAAAGGAACCGAGUUCGAUCGACUAUUCAUACGUUUAAAAGAGGUGCGACUUUACUACUACGUGAUUCCUUGGAACUCGCUACCACAGAGCCGGAUAGACAUAUUUGUGUAACGAAUCAUAAAGAGAUUGUGAGGGAAAAAGUCUUAUCCGUUCACUUUGAACAAAACGCAGGUUCAUUCUUUCAAAAUAAUUCCUCAAUCUUGAACCCUUUUUUAUCGUAUAUAAAAUCACUUUUGGAUGAUCAUAAACCAUCAAGAAAAAAAGAAGAAGGGCAAGAAGGAGAAGGAGAAGAAAGAUAUUUGGUAGAUGCGUAUUGUGGAUCAGGAUUGUUUUCGAUCGGAUUAGCUGAUCAGUUUACAAAAUCAAUGGGAAUUGAAGUUUCGAGUGAAUCGAUUUAUUGGGCAAAACAUAAUGCUAAACUAAACAAGAUUGAAAACGUUGAGUUUAUGGUAGGAAAAGCCGAAGCGAUCUUUGCAGAUUUAAACUUUCCGGCUCAGAUGACUACAGUGAUUAUUGAUCCACCAAGAAAAGGAUGCGAUGAAGUGUUUCUUGAUCAGUUAUUGGAUUUCAAACCUAAGAGAAUUCUGUAUGUUAGUUGUAAUGUACAUACUCAGGCUCGUGAUGUUGGAAGAUUAGGAAAGGUUUAUAAAGUUCAAAGUAUUAGAGGGGCUGAUUUUUUUCCUCAGUCUCAUCAUUGUGAAUCGAUUGUAUCAUUAAGUUUGAUUGAAUAG